GCUCACUGCCAGAUUGGAUUUUUCUGCAAUACUUUUUGGCCAGAAUGAAAAAACCUCGCACAUUCGUCGUUUUAGCAACGACAUGUUUGCUUGUAGGAGAAAUUUUAGCAGAACAAAACUCAUCGAACAAACAUGACAGAAAAAAAAAUUCUAGACUCUCCAGGCAAACCAGUGCGGACCAGAUGGUACAAAACAUCCUGCAGUGGCUCCAAGGAGUGUACACCCAGCAGAACCGAAGAAGUAGGUCCUACACGGACGAAACUGGAAUCGCCUAUUCGCCAUAUACUGUAGCUAGAUAUGACGAUGCAUUUCGACAGGGUGGCUUGAGAGAAUACCUCCCUCCUACAAUUACGGAAAAACCGAGACCGUUCCAGCCUAGACCGAAUGGCGACGGAACCGACGAAAGCGGAAAUUUCAUCGACGGCGGUUACCCACCAGUUAGCACUCCACAACCACCUUUUCCCUAUCCAAGUGGUCCUACCCAACCCCCAGUCACCCAAACGCCCGGCUACCCGACAGUACCAGCAGGUGUUAGCCCAACUUUUCCUCCCCAAGAAGUGGUUACAGAAUUCUCAGGGUUUCCCACUGCAUCACCUCCAGGGGUAACACCAGGCUCUCCAACUGAGUCGCCACCUGAAGUAACACCAGGUUUCCCUACAGCUCCACCUCCGGGAAUAACACCUGGAUACCCCACAGUCGGACCUCCAGGAGUAACACCUGGUUUUCCCACGGCAUCACCCCCGGGGGUUACACCUGGUUUUCCCACUGCUCCUCCUCCAGGAGUAACGCCUGGUUUCCCCACUGAAUCACCCCCAGAAGUAACUCCAGGUUUUCCCACGGUACCACCUUCAGGAGUUACACCAGGUAUUCCCACAGGGUCGCCCCCAGAAGGAACUCCUGGUUACCCAACGGCAACUCCAGAUUUCCCGACACGACCACCCACAGGUUACCCCACAUCUUCAGGGGAUGUAUCAGGCCCCACAUCACCUCCCGAAUUCACGUCGCCUCCAGGAACUUACGUACCUGGAAAAACAGAACCAGAAGUGAUUGACGAUGACCUGAGACAUCCACCCCACAUUCACGCCAUAGAUGUCGAAUGCGGCAAGGAGAUGAUGACAAUAAAUCUGGAGUUCAACAGAGUAUUUGAUGGGGUGAUUUACUCGAAAGGUUACUUCAACAUGCCCGAGUGCCGAUAUGUCAAUGAGAAUUCAGGACAAACCAAGUAUACUUUCACUGUCAACUUGAACAUGUGUGGAACCGAAUUCAUAAACGCCUUCGACACCCUAGGAAAAAGCUACCUAGAGAAUGUGCUCGUCAUCCAGAACGAAGCAGGCAUCCAGGAAAUUUGGGACACUAUCCGCUCGGUCCGAUGCCUUUGGGAAGGCAAUCUCAAAGAGCAACUCAGCGUCAGCCUUAUGGUUGGAAUGCUCACCCAGGAGAUCGUCACCUUCAGUGGAGACACCGCCAUGGCCAAACUUGAUAUUCAAUUGGGCAGAGGUCCGUUUGGUCAGCCGGCUACCGGCUUGGUCAAGAUCGGAGAGCCGAUGACUCUUGUAGUGUCCGUUUCUGGGGAUCCUGGUUUCGAUAUCCAAGUUAAGGAUUGCAGGGCUACGGAUUCGACUGGAGCUAAUAUUGUGCCAUUGACGGACGACAACGGUUGCGUGUUGAAACCCAAGUUGUUCGGCGCGUUCCAGAAGACGAGGAAUACCGGCAAUACAGGAGCUACCAUCAUCGCCUUCGCCUACUUCAAUGCCUUCAAGUUCCCCGACGUCAUGGAUAUCAUGAUUGAGUGCAACAUCGAGCUCUGCAAAACCGACUGCGAGAUGUGUCCCAAUCCUGACCAAGCCUUGGAACCGGCGAAGCGCCGAAAGAGAGACCUCUACAGCUUCAACGCCACCCUACACGACGGAGUGAUGAUGGGCAAGCACUUACGAGUAGUGCUUCCCGAAGAUCUUGCCGAAAGAACUGUCGUUAACGACUCGGUUUGCCUGUCAACGCAAAACUUCGUAUUUUCAUCCUCAGUCCUGAUCUCCCUCCUCACAGCUAGCUGCCUGUUCAGCGCUUAUUUGUGGCUGAAGUCUCACAGGCAGAAAGUAGUCAAGUUUUGAUGGGGUUAUUUUAGCAUAAGGGCGGCCAAACAAUAAUUUGUAAUCAAGCGUGGGGGUGUUUCAAGAAUGAAAAAGUUGAGUGACUGCGUUGGCGAAAAUCUUGGUGUAGGAAUUAUGUAAUCCGUUACAGCCAGGCAUAUACCCAUUUUCCCAGGAAAUGUUGAGAAACCUUCAUUUUUAAAAAAACCUCUUCUACAAAUAUCAUAUAUUGCAUAAAACUAUAUGAGCAUACUACACAUUAUUGUUUUCUUGUUCAUUGUUUGAAGCACUCGUCUAUUACUUCGAAAUUUAUGGUUAUGACAGCGUUAAUUUGCCGUAUCCCAUUUACAGAACUCCUAACUAUAUAUAAAUUGAAAGGGUAUAAGAGAGAUUAAUUCUCAACUAUAUCUUAGUCACAGAACUCAUAAUGAUAUCGACAUAAAAUAAUUAUGAGUUCUGUGCUCCCAUUCGGUCACUUGACUGAUGCCAUCAAAGUAUAGUUGGUACCUCUCCAAACUGUAACGAUAGUUUCUUCUGUCUCUCUCUAUGGCAGUAGUUUUUGAAAAUAAGCAUACUGAAUUUUCGAAUAUAAUUCAUUUUCAACUUUUUCGGUUAGUCAUCUUUAUUGAUGGUUCUAGUCUUUACUUGCAAGAAAUACCUGUCAAAUUAAUGAAAUUAAGAUCCGUUUCUUUAUUUAGCAAUUUUAGGGUGUUUCAAAUUAUUGACGAAGUUUUCAAUAUUUAGCCAAAUUUAUUAAGGAUCAACAAUAAUAUGCGUAAAAUCUUUGUAAAAUAACUCAUCUAUAUUUGCAAGAUUUUUUUAAUGAACGCAUACUAAAAUCUCACCACUUCUUUGAAUGAAAUCGAAUGUUCACUGCCGAAAUAAAAUGUCAAGAUUCGAAAAUUAACAAAAGGAAAAUUGAUACAACCUUUAUUGAUCUCAAAUACCAUUAGAACCAGGAGCCUAACUGAAUGUAGAUAUAAAUAUAGCGAAUUUUCUUUAUUCAACAUGAAUAUGAGAAGUAAAAGAGUUAUUGAUCCUUACAGAAGGUCUUCGUCAACUGGGUUAAAAACUUAUCUCAAAUUCAUAGAAACUACAAAUCUUUUCACAACUUAUUAACACACACCAUGUAUUUGUAAAAAUGUAAAUGUAUGAUAAGCAGAAUUAUAUUUAUGAAAUCAAAUAAAUAAUUAAAAACAAGCCUUUUUAUGAUUCUAAGUUGAUAUGUGUACGGCAUAAAACUCCUCAAUAGAAUUACUUUUAUUCUAAAAAAAUUUAUGUAUUUAAAAAAAAGUCGAAUAACAUUAUACAUGUUUUUUUUAAGAACUAAUACAAAAUUAAUUGUUUGCCAAACUGGAUUCAUAUUUCUCCCAUAAUCUCAUUCUUUUCAUUCAUCAUUUUCAUUUAGAUAUUUAUAUAAUAUUUCUUAUCCUGCCAAUAAAAUUUUCAAAUUGUAUGUUUUAAAUUUUUAAACAUUAUUUUGUAUAAUAUAUUAUUGUAAAUAAGAUCUAGGUAAUAAGAAUCAUGAUACUUUUAUAUUUCCUAUAUAACUGUAAAUAAUAUAUUGAUUUUAUUUUUAAAUACAAUAAAGUUCAACUUUGGAA